UUUGUAUCCCCAGCCUCGCUAGAUGGCAGCAUCUGAAUUUUUCGGCGGGGAACGGCCUUGUUUUGGCCAGCAGCUCCCCCGCGGAAGGACAGCGCCCAGCGUUCACGCUGAAAGCCUGUACUUUGCUCCGGUACACGGGUCGGUAGAGCCUGAAGCCUGAUCUCUGUGGCGAUCCUGAGGUGGGUGGCUUUCUGCAGCCUCCGCACGUUUCCUCCUGUUCGUGUCGCCUGGAAUAGCAGCCCGGAAAGCCCUGACGACUAGGUUGAGAAACUGAUUUGUGCCUUUAUAUGCUUGCCUGCUGCCGUGGUGGGAAAGGGGCAGCUGUCGGAGUGCGUGAAGCCUUGAGAGCGGGAGACACGGUGUAAAAUCCGACCUAAAUCAAAAGCAAAAUGAGCGGACACGAUCAGGGUCGUUCCUAACGAGCAUAUCGUCUGCCAAGCUGCCACGUUAUUGGUAGGGCUGCGGGCUUCCUUGCUCCUGCCGGCCGAGCUCUGUGCCCUCUCCAGCUCCCUUUUAGCGCGAGCGGGAAGUCCGGGGGGGGCUGGCGGAGUGGGAGGGAGCCCGAGGCAGGGCUUGGGUCGUUCCGGGACGCUCCAGGACGACCUUCGGGGACAUUUUUGGAGGAGCUGGGGCAGUGUUCCAACACUUCGGGCUCCUGAGCCACCCUCUCUCCUUCUGGAACCUAGAGCCGGGGCCGGAGCUCGGCUCCCUGCUCUGGAGGGAGAGAUGAUGGUCCACACUGGGUGGCAGAGGCACCGUCUCCUCAUGCUGCCUCUGGGCCCAUUCCAGAAGGAGUAAUGGCAGCUUGGUUACCCAGCAGCCCCCUCUCCUUCCAGAGCAGGGAGCCAGGGCCAAAGGGGACCCUCCAGAGUCUGGAGCUGGCUCAGCCACCAUCGCUCCCUCUGCUCAUAUCCCUCCCUCACAGCAGCAUCUGCAUCUCCAGAUACAGGAAGCCCGGAUUUGGGGCUGUUCUGCACAUCCUGGAGAAGCAUCCCACAGCUGAGCUCUCUGGCGCCAGCAGUCGGGAGCAGCCCAGAGCUACACCCACAGAAGCUACUUAGCUCCCUGCAAGGGAGCAGGGACCCUCUAGUCUCCCCACACAGAGCACAAGGGCCUGCUGUCCAGGCCCCCUUCACUCCCGCUCUUCUGGCUGAUCAUGAGUCCCUGAUCUCACUCUCCCCACCAAUUACAAAGCCACUUAUUCUACCCUGACAACCAAUAUCCCCCUGCCCUCAGUCCCAAUAUCCUUAUGCCCCAGACUCCAAUAUCUCCCCUUUUCUGCCCCCAGCUCUCAGCCCAAAUAUAUUCCUUCCCUUCCCCCUACUGCUAACCUGCAAUAUAUCCUCUGCCCUCCCCUUGCUUAACCCUCAGUCCCCCUUGGCAUCCUCCCCUCCCCCUCAUAGCUCUCACUUGCCAGUUUAGAAAUGUUGUCAAUAGAUGUAGCAAACGUCACCAGGAUGUCACCAGGUUUGAUUAAGGCUCACAGUUUAGUGACUUGUUGAGGAAAAGCUUGAAAAAUCUCAAGCAGACCUAAAACGUUGCUGGACUGAGUGACAAAAUUGCUGAACUGGUAACACUGAAAUGGGAGGAGAUUUUGCCCCUGCCUCGCGGUGUGCAUGGCCAGCACCUCCAUGAGUUCUGGGACUUCUCUUUUUAGGACCCCAGCACUGCCCAGGGGCCUGGCUGGGUGUACAGCUCUGUUCUGUGUAAGCAAGGAAGCCCGUGACCUUCUAGGAAGCUGCCGUCUGUUAUCUGUAUAGGCAGUACAGAGGGCACUAGAGAGCUUUGCCUACAGCACCAAAUGGGCUAACUGUGAAAUCAGUGGAAAUCAGGCUUUUUUGCUUUUUGGAUUCUCACCACAAUUUAAUAGUGUUCUGCCCAUUGAUACCUAGAACAUUCCCUGCAAUUUUCAAAUUGAUCAGUUGUGGUUUUCAAAAGGUAUCCCAUUACACCUCUGUAGACAGACUCGCUUCACUCGGCCUAUGAGCUAGGAAUUGUUCUGGGGAAGUUCUAUGGCCUGUGUUAUGCAAAAGGUCAGGCUACAUGAUCAAAAUGAUUCCUUCUGGCCUUGGAAACCUGGAAUUUAUAAAAGCCACCAACUUGGUAUAACUGAUGUCACAGAACAUGUUGAAAUACCUGCAGGGGGCAGCAUGGGUCGGCUUGACGGGAAGGUAAUAUUGCUGUCUGCAGCCGCACAAGGGAUUGGACGAGCAGCUGCUAUAGCUUUUGCAAAAGAAGGAGCAAAGGUCAUUGCUACCGACAUCAGUGAGCCCAAGCUGAAAGAACUGGAGGGGUAUUCAGGCAUUCAAACGCGGUUGCUGGAUGUCACCAGCAAAGAACAAAUAGAAAAUCUGGCCAAGGAGAUUGAAAGGAUUGAUGUCCUCUGCAAUGUUGCAGGUUUUGUCCACCAUGGAACCAUUCUGGAGUGUGAGGAGACAGACUGGAACUUCACAAUGAACCUCAAUGUUCGCAGCAUGUAUCUAAUGAUCAAGACGUUCCUUCCCAAGAUGCUUGCACAGAGAUCUGGAAACAUUAUCAACAUGUCUUCUGUGGCAUCCAGCAUUAAAGGAGUUGUAAACCGAUGUGUCUAUAGCACUUCAAAGGCAGCAAUUAUUGGUCUAACCAAGUCCGUAGCUGCUGACUUCAUUGAACAAGGCAUCAGAUGCAACUGCAUAUGCCCGGGAACUGUUGACACUCCAUCUCUACGGGAGAGAAUCCAAGCCAGGCCUCACCCAGAACAGGCCCUGAAAGACUUUCUGGCUAGACAGAAGACUGGUAGGAUGGCUACUGCUGAAGAAGUGGCCCACCUCUUUGUAUAUCUGGCCUCUGAUGAAUCUGCCUACAUGACUGGCAAUGAGCUUAUUAUGGAUGGAGGCUGGAGCCUGUGACUUACAAAACUUUCAUCUGAAGUUUUCAAUGGAAAUUCAUAGUACAAAAGGCAAAUAAUGAAGAGAUUAUCACAUUUUUCUGUUAAUAUAAUUUGUGCCAUUUUAAUGACUAAAAUGAUUGACCUUCAAAUAAAUGUCAGUGUAUUUGCACAGCCAUGCAGUACCUCUUUUUCUAAA